AAUCAGGCACGCAGCUGGAGCGGACAGGACGGCUUCCGGGAUUUGGCGGGGCCUUUGUCUCUGGCUGCAGCCGGAGCUCCUGCUCUCCUCUUCACUGCUCAGUGUCCUCUGCUCCUAGAGGCCCAGUCUCUGUGACCCUGUGACCUGCAGAUAUUGGGAGAUCCACAGCUAAGACGCCAGGACCCCCUGGAAACCUAAAAUGGAACCAUUGACAUUUAAAGAUGUGGCCAUAGAAUUCUCUCUGGAGGAGUGGCAAUGCCUGGAUACGGCACAGCGGGAUUUAUAUAGGAAUGUGUUGUUAGAGAACUACAGAAACCUGGUCUUUUUGGGUAUUGCUGUCUCUAAGCCAUAUCUGAUCACCUGUCUGGAGCAAAAAAAAGAGCCCUGGAAUAUAAAAAGACAUGAGAUGGUAGCCAAACCCCCAGUAAUGUCUUUUCAUUUUGCCCAAGACCUUUGGCCAGAGCAGAACAUAAAAGAUUCUUUCCAGAAAGUGACACUGAGAAGACAUGGAAAAUGUGAAUAUGAGAAUUUACAGUUAAGAAAAGGCUGUAAACAUGUGGAUGAGUGUAUGGGGCACAAAGGAGAUCAUAAUACAGUUAACCAAUGUUUGACAGCUACCUCAAGCAAAAUAUUCCAAUGUAAUAAAUAUUUGAAAGUCUUUGAUAAAUUUUCAAAUUCAAAUAGAUAUAAGAGAAGACAUACAGGAAACAAACACUUCAAAUGUAAAGAAUGUAGCAAAUCAUUUUGCAUGCUUUCACAACUAACUCAGCAUAGAAGAAUUCAUACUAGAGUGAAUUCCUACAAAUGUGAAGAAUGUGGAAAAGUCUUUAACUGGUUCUCAACUCUUACUAAACAUAAGAGAAUUCAUACUGGAGAAAAACCCUACAAAUGUGGUAAAGCCUUUAACCAGUCCUCACAACUUACUCGGCAUAAGAUAAUUCAUACUGAAGAGAAACCCAACAAAUGUGAAGAAUGUGGUAAGGCCUUUAAACAGGCCUCACACCUUACUAUACAUAAAAUAAUUCAUACUGGAGAAAAACCUUACAAAUAUGAAGAAUGUGGCAAAGUCUUUAGCCAGUCCUCACACCUUACUACACAAAAGAUACUUCACACUGGAGAGAAACUCUACAAAUGUAAAGAAUGUGGAAAAGCUUUUAACGUAUUCUCAAAUCUUACUAACCAUAAGAGAAUUCAUGCUGGGGAGAAACCCUACAAAUGUAAAGAAUGUGGCAGAGCUUUUAACAUAUCCUCAAACCUUAAUAAACAGGAGAAAAUUCAUACAGGAGAGAAACUCGACAAAUGUGAAGAAUGUGACAAAGCUUUUGACCGGUCCUUAAAACUUACUGCACAUAAGAAAAUUCUAAUGGAAGAGAAACCCUACAAAUGUGAAGAAUGUGGCAAAGUCUUUAACCAGUUCUCAACUCUUACUAGACAUAAGAUAAUUCAUACUGGAGAGAAACCCUACAAAUGUAAAGAAUGUGGCAAAGCUUUUAACCAAUCUUCAAACCUUACUGAACAUAAGAAAAUUCAUACUGCAGAGAAAUCCUAUAAAUGUGAAGAAUGUGGCAAAGCUUUUAACCAACACUCAAACCUAAUUAACCAUAGGAAAAUUUAUUCUGGAGAGAAGCCAUACAAAUGUGAAGAAUGUGGAAAAGCUUUUAAUCGAUCCUCAACCCUUACUAGACAUAAGAAAAUUCAUACUGGAGAGAAACCCUACAAAUGUGAAGAAUGUGGCAGAGCUUUUAGCCAGUCUUCAAACCUUACUGAACAUAAGAAAAUUCAUACUGGAGAGAAACCCUACAAAUGUGAAGAAUGUGGCAAAGCUUUUAACCGAUUCUCAACCCUUACUAAACAUAAGAGAAUUCAUACUGGAGAAAAACCCUAUAAAUGUGAAGAAUGUGGAAAAGCCUUUAAUCAAUCCUAUCAACUUACUAGACAUAAGAUAAUUCAUACUAAAGAGAAACUCAACAAAUGUGAAGAAUUUGGUAAGGCCUUUAAACAGUCCUCACACCAUACUAUACAUAAAAUUAUUCAUACUGGAGAGAAACCCUACAAAUGUGAAGAACAUGGCAAAGUUUUUAACCAAUCCUCAAACCUUACUACACAAAAGAUAAUUCAUACUGGAGAGAACCUCUACAAAUUUGAAGAACAUGGAAAAGCUUUUAACCUAUUCUCAAACAUUACUAACCAUAAGAUAAUUUAUACUGGAGAGAAACCCCACAAAUGUGAAGAAUGUGGAAAAGCUUAUAACCGAUUCUCAAACCUAACUAUACAUAAGAGAAUUCAUACAGGAGAGAAACCUUACCAAUGUGCAGAAUGUGGCAAAUCCUUUAACUGCUCCUCAACCCUUAAUAGACAUAAGAUAAUUCAUACUGGAGAGAAACCUUACAAAUGUAAAGAAUGUGGCAAAGCUUUUAACCUAUCCUCAACCCUUACUGCACAUAAGAAAAUUCAUACUGGAGAGAAACCCUAUAAAUGUGAAGAAUGUGGCAAAGCUUUUAACCAAUCCUCAAACCUUACUACACAUAAGAAAAUUCAUACUUCAGAGAAACCCUACAAAUGCGAAGAAUGUGGCAAAUCCUUUAACCAGUUCUCAUCUCUUAAUAUACAUAAGAUAAUUCAUACUGGAGAGAAACCCUACAAAUGUGGAGAUUAUGGCAGAGCUUUCAACCUAUCCUCAAAUCUUACUACACAUAAGAAAAUUCAUACUGGAGAGAAACCCUACAAAUGUGAAGAAUAUGGCAAAACUUAAUUCAUCCUACAAGCUUACUACACGUAAGAAAAUUCAUACUGGAGAAAAACUCUACAAAUGUGAAGAAUGUGUUAAAGCCUUUAACAAGUCUUCAACCUUUUCUACACACACAAGAUAUUUUAUACUGGUGAGAAACCUUACAAAUGUAAAGAAUGUGGCAAAGCUUUUAACUAAUCUUCAAACCUUACUGACCGUGAGAAAAUUCGUACUGGAGAGAAUCCUACAAAUGUGAAAAAUGUGGCAAAGCCUUUAACUGGUCCUCAACUUUUACUAAACAUAAGGUAAUUCAUACUGGAGAGAAGCCAUACAAAUGAGAACAAUGUGGCAAUACCUUUAAUCAGUCCUCACACCUUUCUACUCAUAAGAUAAUUUAUACUGGAGAGGAACUCUAUAGUUGUGAAGAAUGUGGCAAAGCUUUUAGCCAAUCCUCAUACCUUACUAUACAGAAAUUCAUACCGGAGAGAAAGUCUAUGAUUGUGCAGAAUGUCGCAAAGCUUUUAACCUUCCUUAACCCUUACUGCAGAUAAGAAAAUUCAUACUGGAAAGAAACCCUACAAAUGUGAAGUCUGUGGCAAAGCUUUUCACUGAUUCUCAACUCUUACUACAUGUAAGUGUAUUUAUACUGGAGAGAAACCCUACAAAUGUAAAAAAUGUGGCAAUGCCUUUUACUGGUCCUCACACCUUGCUACACAUCAGACAAUUUAUACUUUGAGAGAAACCCUGCAAAUGCGAAUAAUGUGGCAACACUUUAAACCAAUCCUCAAACCUCACUAAACAUAAGAUAAUACUGAAAGCUUUACAAACCUAAAUGAUGUGACAGUAAUUUUGAUAACACCUCAAACUUUCUAACAUAAAUCAUACUGGUGAAAAAUCCUAGAAAUGUGAAAAAUAUCACAAAGCCUUUAAAUGGUUGUCACACUUGAUUGUAGGUAAGAUAAUCCAUACUGAAGAAAACCCCUGGAAGUGUAAAAAAUGUGGCAACACUUGUAGUAAAUGCUCACCCCUUAUUGCACAGGAAAGCAUUUAUACUUCAGAAAGAUUGUAGAAAUACAAAGAAUGUGGAAAAGCCAUUAUUAGCUGUUCAGAUUUUACUCAACAUUAGUACGUAAUAAAAGCAUUAUAAAUGCAAUUUUUGUCAAGAGAUCUUUCAGAAAAUAUAAGCCUUUAAAGUGAAGAAGAGGAGCCAGGUGUGCUGGCUCACAUCUGUAAUGCCAGCACUUUGGGAGGCCGAGGUGGGUGGAUCACCUGAGGGCAGGAGUCCGAGACCAGCCUGGCCAACAUAGCAAAAGCCCAUCUCUAUUAAAACUUUUACAAAAAUUAGCUGCCUGUGGUGGCAGGCCCCUGUAAUCCCAGCU